UUUUCGGUAAAAAUGGCGAAAGCUACCGUCGUAGAAACUCCAGCUGGAGCUACUAAAGAUAAAUCCAAGAAUGUUAUGCGUGAUUUAAAGAUCCGUAAGCUUUGCCUUAAUAUAUGCGUCGGAGAAUCUGGUGAUAGAUUGACAAGAGCUGCAAAGGUAUUGGAACAAUUGACAGGACAACAACCUGUAUACUCAAAAGCCAGAUACACUGUUCGUUCCUUCGGUAUCCGUCGUAAUGAAAAAAUUGCCGUACAUUGCACAGUUCGUGGAGCAAAGGCUGAAGAAAUCUUAGAAAAAGGUUUAAAGGUCCGAGAAUACGAGUUAAGACGUGACAACUUCUCACAAAAUGGAAACUUUGGUUUCGGUAUUCAAGAACACAUAGAUUUAGGUAUCAAAUACGAUCCAUCAAUUGGUAUCUAUGGUCUCGAUUUCUACGUUGUUUUGGGAAGACCUGGCUAUAAUGUACAACAAAGACGCCGUAAACGUGGUGUUAUUGGAUUCCCACAUCGUCUCACGAAAGAGGAUGCAAUGAAAUGGUUCCAACAGAAGUAUGAUGGUAUAAUUUUGGGCAGCAAGAAGUAAACAAAUGAGCAUAAACAUUCUAAUUGUUCGCAACCAUAUAAAAAAAAACUCUGUUUCAAAACAUCUUGAAAUAUUAAGAUUUUAUUAAUAAAACAAAAA